UUCCUUACCUGCGCCUUUUGUGUUAUGGAGAGGGGUCAGGUCACUGUAUUCUUGGAACGCGAACUGACGUUUACAAAAUAAUAUAAUGAAACUGAAAGUACAUAGAAUCUAUUAAUCUUUUUAUUUAAAGAAGAUUGAUUUUUACUGAGCCUACGUACUUCAUAUAGAUCUACAUUUUUGAUUUGUCAGGACUGUGCAGGUUAUCUUACGGAACAAAAAGAUUAAGAUGGAAACAACACACACCAUUGACACAUCUGCCGCUGACGAAGGCUGUAAUGCUUCAAGUGGCAGGCAGAGUGAGGUGGAAGACAUUGGUAAAGUUACCAAUGUAAAUUACUUUGCGUUUAGGACCAAGUCUAAUGAGGAAGCGGGAAGAGAAGAUAGAAAUGUGACUGUCAACUCCCCCCAAACUCAAAGUAAAAUAAAAGAGGACAGAAAGACGUUGCCGAUGCUGAAGUCGGAGCAGACGAUGAGAUGGUCACUCCAAGCUUUGAUGAAGAUCCAUCUUCUGCCAUUAAAGAAUGGAUGCUCGAAACGUACACAUUCAUGACUAAAUUGAGACAAAGCAACUGCUCAUUGAUUCAGUCGUUUAGCCAGAUGAAAAGAAGGGUUGACUGUUUGGAGUCAGAAAAUAUCAUUCUGAAAGAUCAGCUGGCUUUUGCAUCAACAUUGAUGAAUGUGUUUCUCGAACGAGUGACUCAAGCCAGAGUGGAAGCAAGGUGUUUGCGGACCAUGGUGGAAAAUGCAGGGCAAAGAGUGGAAAAGCUAGAGGCGAGACAGGGUGUGGUCAACGAUGGUGAGAAUGACGUGUCGGCUGGAACCACAUUUGCUAGGCUGUCACAGGCUGUCGAUGCUUUAGAUGUGAAAGUCAAAAACUUGCAGGUCGGAGUUGAUCGUAGUACAUGUACAACCUAAGAUCUAGUUGGGUUUUUUUCUGACUCGAGCAGAAAUGGCAUCUAGAAUCACAGCGAAUAUGAGAGAGUUGACCAGACGGAAAAUCAUAAUCACAAAAAGUGGGCUCAAAACAAUGUAGGCCUACAGUACGGCGCCCUGUUUUAUGUAGUAUGCAGAACAGCACAAGGGAAGAUGACACUGACGACAUUUUAAUAUUUACGUGUGAAGCAAACACAGUAAAUUGAUCAAAUUAGAUCUAAAUAAAUACACAAAAGGCUAGCAUCUGCGUUUGUCGCGGCCGCGAUUUUUUUGCAUAAAAAAAAAGACAAAACAAUAAAGCUACUUCACAACAUGACAUGUGUUUUGAUAAGUUUUAAGAUGUUCAUGCGUAUCUAUUUUCAUGCAGAGAAUAUAAGUACAUUACGUUACAUACUAUUUA